AUAAAUUCAGCACCGAAUAUGCUACAGAAUACAGGCAAUACGACUUGGAGGUCUAAUCAGUGAAACACAGGACAAACACUCUUUGAUUUCGCUCUUGCCUUCUGGGAAAUUGUCAAUCUAUAAAGCAUGAGAGGAUUAAUAUUUCCUAUCACGAUAAGUUUGUUGCUGCUGUUUGUUGGUCUGGAAACAGUAGAAUUACAGGAGUCAGGUGUCGUUAACCUUUCCGUUAAUAAGCCGUCAAAACAAGUUAGUACUUGGAAUGACAAACGAAGAUGGCCAUCUAACUUAGGCAAUGAUGGCGACGCUAACAGUCAUAUAAAUAAUGACCAUUGUUUCCAUACGAAAAAACACAUGAGCCCGUGGUGGGAAGUCGAUCUGUUGGAUGUUUAUAGCAUUAACACAGUUAAAAUGACCAAUAGAGCGGACUGCUGUGCCGAAAGGGCGGAGAAUGUGGAAGUCUCUGUAGCAGUAGACUACGGUGAAUGGACGGUUGUAGCGAGCAAGGCAGGUCCAUUGGGUGCAUCCGCAACCCUUACAUUUGAUCCCGUGGAAGCCCGUUAUGUUCGACUUACGUUGAGGGACAAAGAAACAUGGUUUCAUUUAUGUGAAGUGGAAGUCUAUGGAUCGACUUCUGAUAAUCUUGCUCUUGAAAAGCCGUCUAAUAUGAUCAGCAUUUGGGGCGAAAUGGAUAAUUGGGAUGCUGACAAAGGCAAUGAUGGCGACGCGGACAGUAAUAUUUAUAACAACCAUUGUUUCAUGACUGAUAAUCAAGUUAGUCCCUGGUGGGAAGUUGAUUUUCAGGAUGUUUAUUACAUAAGUCAAGUAAAGAUCACCAACAGGGCGGACU